AUGAAGCCUAUUAUUAAAUCGCAAGAAAAGUACGAUAACAUCGUAAAUAUUCUUAAAGGCGAGGAUACGAUAGUAUAUAGCAGCAAACAUACUAAGUAUUAUUUGAAAAGGAAGGCCGAGCUGUUUAUCUUGUUUGAAAAUUUACCUUUAUUGAAAGAUACAGAAAAUGGUCAUAAACGGGUGUUUAUGGAAGAAACAGUGCUUUCUAUGAAAAUAGAAGUAAAAAAACUGCACAAUCAAAACCGUUAUGGCCAAAAUCGUCUUUACGAACUGUACAAACAACGUUACUUUUCAAUUCCUAGAUGUGUUGUUAGAAAGGUUUGUAAUAAGUGUAAUAUCUGCUUACAAGCUUAA